AUGGGGGCUGUGGAUACCUCUGAACGCUUGUCGAAGCUGAGGCAGCUGAUGCAGCAGCACAAGGUGGAUGUUUACAUUGUGCCCUCAGAAGAUAGCCACCAGUCCGAGUACAUUGCGCCGUGUGAUGCCCGACGAGAAUUCAUAUCAGGAUUCUCUGGCUCCGCUGGUACUGCGAUCAUCUCCUUGAGCAAAGCUGCACUGUCCACCGAUGGGCGAUACUUCAACCAAGCUGCGAAACAAUUGGACAACAACUGGCAGCUCUUGAAGGGUGGAGUCGAGGGUGUACCCACAUGGCAGGAAUGGACCACGGAGGAGGCCCAAGGAGGCAAGGCCGUUGGUGUUGACCCCUCUUUAAUCACAGCGUCCGGUGCACGGAAGUUGGCAGAGACCCUUAAAAAGAAUGGUUCAUCCCUCGUAGGAGUCUCAGAGAACUUGGUCGACUUGGUUUGGGGAAAGGAACGCCCCGCACGCCCCAGCGAGAAAGUGCGCGUUCACCCCGAGAAGUAUGCCGGCAAGCCGUUCCAAGAGAAGGUGGCCGAGCUGCGGAAGGAACUUGAGUCAAAGAAGAAGGCCGGUUUUAUCAUCUCUAUGCUCGACGAGAUUGCCUGGCUAUUCAACCUGAGAGGAACCGAUAUUCCCUACAAUCCCGUGUUUUUCUCUUAUGCGGUUAUUACGCCCACCACUGCUGAGAUCUACGUCGAGGAUGACAAGUUGACCCCAGAGGUCAAGGCCCACUUGGGACAAGAUGUUGUCGUCAAGCCAUACGAAUCCAUCUUUGCUGAUGCUCAAGCCCUCAGCACCAGAGGUCAGUCUGAGGGUGAGAGCGCCGCUAAGUUCUUGUUGUCGAACAGGGCUUCUUGGGCUCUCAGCCUUAGCCUUGGCGGCGAGGGAAAGGUCGAAGAGACCCGUAGCCCGGUCGCGGAUGCAAAGGCUGUUAAGAAUGAAGUCGAACUCGAAGGAAUGCGGGCUUGCCAUAUUCGCGAUGGUGCUGCUUUAACCGAGUACUUUGCUUGGCUUGAAAAUGAACUCGUCAACAAGAAGACUGUUAUGGAUGAAGUUGAUGGAGCUGACAAGUUGGAACAGAUCCGCUCUAAGCAUGAUUUGUUCGCUGGUCUCUCCUUCGAUACCAUCUCUUCAACUGGACCUAACGGUGCCGUCAUUCAUUACAGCCCCCAGAAGGGAAGCUGUUCCAUCAUCGAUCCCAACGCCAUCUAUCUCUGCGACUCUGGUUGUCAAUAUCUCGACGGAACGACUGACACCACGAGAACAUUCCACUUUGGCGUUCCCACAGAGUUCGAGAAGCGUGCUUUCACGUUGGUGCUGAAGGGAACUAUUGGGAUCGAUAUGGCAGUAUUCCCCAAGGGCACCAGUGGCUUUGCAAUUGACGUGUUGGCUCGCCAGCACUUGUGGAAAGAAGGAUUGGACUACCUUCACGGAACAGGCCAUGGUGUUGGCUCCUAUCUAAAUGUUCACGAGGGCCCCAUUGGCAUUGGAACUCGGGUUCAGUAUACCGAGGUCCCUAUUGCGGCUGGAAAUGUUAUCUCGGAUGAACCCGGAUACUAUGAGGACGGCAAAUUUGGUAUUCGAAUUGAGAACAUUGUCAUGGCUCGCGAAGUCAAACCCGCCCACAACUUUGGUGACAAGCAAUGGCUAGGCUUUGAGCAUGUUACGAUGACUCCUAUUGGUCGUAACCUGAUUGAGCCGUCGCUGUUGAGCGACGCCGAGCUUAAGUGGGUGAAUGACUACCACGCUGAGAUCUGGGCGAAGACAAAGCAUUUCUUCGAUUCAGAUGACCUGACACGCUCGUGGCUCGAGCGAGGUAUCAUUGCAAUGAGCGGCCCAGGCGGUUACGGCAACGGUUAUGGGUACUCCGCUCCCGGCCGGUACGAUGGCAAUGAUGGGGGAUACGGUGGAAACAGCAACCCUGGGGUAAGCGGAUAUGGUGGACGAGGUGCCGCACCACCUGGUGGAGGUGGACGUUCAGAUCGUCGCCCCGGGGGAUACGGUGGUUUCUACGCCGACUCGCCUCAGCCACCAGCUCUAUCCCCAGGCCAAUCUCCUGCGCCAAGUCAGUCGCCUGAGCGGCGGCGCGAUCGAUCGAACCGGGACUGGCAGCAACCCUCUCCGCAACCGUCUUCGAACCCCUCGUCGCAUCCCCCAUCGCAUCCUUCUUCACACCCCUCCUCGCAAGCCUCUUCGCGAUCACGCACAAGGAACCAAGAACCCGAUCGGAAGUACCAGGAGGAACGGUCUAGAGAUGCGAGUCGGUACGCGGACAACAGGGGAGGUCAACGGGACCCAAGGGACCAAAGAGAUCCGAGAGCACAGAGGGACCCGAGAGGCCAAAGAGACCCGAGAAACCAGAGGGACCAAAGGAGCCAGAAUGCGUCCCCUGUAGCUACGAGGAGCAAUAACUCGGGGGAGGCGCAGGCUAUCGAAACCAUUCUCCAGUCUAUUCAGCGCGACUGGGACUUCAUGACCGAUGCCGAGUGUAUCCCAGUACACGUUGCUCUGAGUUUGAUGGAUACAAGUACACUGGGUAAAGCAGAUCGCGAACCGGAAUUUUUGCACAUGUACAAUGACAUCCAGAAGACAUUGAAGGCAAUUGUCAAUGAACACCAUCAGGGAUUCAACAGUUCUAUUGGAACGUACCACAAAAUCCAAUCCAAUAUAUCUUCCUCGCAAACUCGAGUGCGCAGCCUGAGAAAUGCCCUGGAUCAAGCCAAAUCCGGGUUAAUAUCGACUAAGCCCGAGUUGAAAGGGCUCGCAACAUCGUCUCAGAACUACGAUGAUAUCGUACAGCUGUUCACUCAAAUUGAGGAAAUCCAAUCCCUCCCCGAGAAAUUGGAAUCCCAGAUUUCAGAUAAGCGCUUCCUUGCAGCCGUGGAUGUGCUUCAUACUGGUCUCCGAGUUCUACGGCGUUCGGAGCUGGAGGACAUCGGUGCUUUAUCCGAUAUUCGGGCUUAUUUCAUAAACCAGGAAACAUCGCUCACGGACAUCCUAAUCGAGGAGUUGCACGACCAUUUAUACCUUAAAUCACCCUAUUGCUCAGACCGAUGGAAGCCACCCACAUCUGAUGAAAAAGAUGUAAAUACAUCUACUUGGUCUGGCAGUCGCUCUUGGGAACGGCCUGUGUACAGUUUCCUAGCCAAGUUUGAUCCGUUGACCCCUAUGGUUGAAGACGCUUCUCGGAACCCGGAGGCUGAUACGUUUUCCUACAUUCAGUUAUUGAUCGAGGCGCUGAACAAGAUGGGCCAUCUUGACGUCGCAGUUCACAGAAUUGAGCAGCGUCUUCCGGUCGAACUGUUCGCUGUAGUAGAUAAGACAAACGCAGAGGUUGAUACUCGCUAUCCUGCGCCAACCAAGAGCUUCUCGGCCCAGGACAACUAUAAACAGUCAAGUCUCCCGACUGAGAUCAUUGAAAAACGAGGCCACGUGCUUUCCGAGUUUUUGUGGGCACUAUAUGCCAAGUUUGAGGCAAUCGCGGAAGGUCAUCGUAUUCUUCACGACGUUGUUGCGGCUAUUGUGGAACGAGAAGGUCUAGUUAAAAGCGAGACGCUUUCUGGCGGGUUUAAGGAGUUGUGGAAACUUCUACAAAGCGAGAUACGAUCUCUCAUGCACGACUAUCUCGCAACCGACGGGGACUCAUCUGUUCGAUCUAGAGCAGAUGAGACUGACUCUCGACGUCACCUAUACACAGGCAACCGCGAUAAGAAUAAGAAAAUGUUUAAGUUGUCCGAUAUUGAGCAUAAUUCCGAGAUGAAAGCUGAACAGGACGAACUCGAUGAAAUCCUCAAGUCCUCGGUUCCUGGACUUGUUUCCAAGUCAAGGCAAAAGGCCACAACAAAUGAUACUACGCAAUCUAAUAAAGGCAACUCAGGAACCGGGCAUAAGAUUUUGCUCGAACCAAGUGUCUUCAAUAUGGGAAUCCUUCUUCCUCCCUCUUUAUCUUUUAUUCAACGGCUCAAGGAUAUCGUUCCUGUUGAUUCGGAUAUUCCUAUGGGCACUUUGACAUCCUUUUUGGAUGACUUCAUGGUCAAUGUCUUCCUGCCCCAGUUGGAUGAAACGGUGACGGAUCUUUGCACACUCAGUUUCAUUUCCGCAGAUGCGUUUACAGAAGACCCCCAAUGGACUAAGUCCUCUCCUCGGCCUAUUUUCAAAGGAACAGUCAAAUUCAUGUCCAUUGUCCGGGAGUUUAGCAAAAUGCUGUCGAGUAUUCCACACGAUCAGGCAUUUACGCAGCUUCUUAUUGACCAGAUCGUGACCUAUUAUGACAAGUGCUGUGGGUGGUACAAAGCAAUGGUCACAAAGGUCUCUGCACGGAACCGUGGAGGCGAGGUUCAACUGAAAGCCGCGGCUUCCUUUGCUGAAUCGGGCGACAUAUAUGAUGUUGUGGAUGAACUGUGGAAAGGUGCCGGGGACAAGAAACAGACCCUGAUUGAUACGGAAAUCGACCUUCUUCUCAAGCGAACAGGGGAAGUGCCCUUGGAGCCUUACGACAUCAUAUCUGACCCGAAAACUGUCAUUUCCCUUUCACUCCUGUACAACAGCAUGCAAUGGCUUGCAAGUCACCUGGCGAAAAUCCGGCUUGUGGUUGAACAUACUGCGGACGCCGAGUCGUCCAGUUUAACUGCAACUGGCCGGCCGUCUCGCAGGUGGACUCUGUUCGGGUCCAUGAAGCCUAAUCGCGAUAGCAUGAAUACUCCAGUGCAUCUACCGCUCAACCACGAGACUGCCGUGGCCUUUGAUGGGACGCUUCAAUCUUUGCACCGGCUUGGAGCUACUGCAAUUCUGACGCUGCAUAUCGACAUCCGCUGUGGCAUCAUUCACAUGUUGACUAAAACAAUGUCUGGACCGAACCCCCCUAACUUGCGGAACUCUGAACCGGUCACUCCAUCCCCGAAUACAACGGACAACUGGUGGCACAUUAUCAUGAAUCAACCAACCGCUGCAUCGCCCACCAUUCUCGCACUCAAUAAUGAUCUUAUCGCAUUCGACACCAACAUCUCGACGUAUCUGGGAUCUGUUGAGCGCUGGUUUAUCACAUCGGGCUUGGCACGGUUUAUCGAUCGGGUCUUUGUUGCCUGCACCCAGUAUAUCGGGGCCAUGAAUGAGAAUGGAGCGCUGCGAUUGCAGCUUGAUGUACUUGUCCUUCAACAAAAUUUGAAGAACAUCAUUAUCGAUCCAGCUGGUGAUUCUCCGGAUUCGGCUACAAAUUUACACUCUCAGGCUGCUCAAGAAGUUGUUGCCCUACCGCGCAGUGCCAAGUUCCUGGACUGGUUCCUUGAAGGAGCCGAGAAGACCCUGGACUACGCCAAGGAAGAGAAGGAGGCUUUUGCAUCCCAAGGCAACAAAGCCUUGGCUGCUGGUAAUGGCGAGCCAUUUACCUACGAUGAGCUACGGGUUCUCGUAGAGCUUUGCUUCUCUGAAAUUCUCCGUGGUCCACGUGGGGCGGAAAGCCGAGAGGAAUUUAUGUCGGCGAAAAAGGCCAGUGCAGAUGCGCUGCUUGGAUUGAAUGAGAUUAUGUGGGAUGCUCGAUAG